AUGGCUGCAAGUGAAACCGUACGGGUUAUUGUACGAUGUCGACCGAUGAACCAACGUGAAAUUGAUUUACAAUGUAAAACAAUUGUUUCAAUCAGUACACAAUUAAAUCAAGUUCAAUUAGAAAAUAUUGAACAAAGUAGUGAACCACCAAAACAAUUUACUUUCGACGCAGUUUAUCCUGAAGAUUCAAUAACAGAAAAUCUUUAUGCUGAAUCAGUUUUUCCUUUAGUUGAAAAUGUACUCGAAGGAUAUAAUGCAACAGUAUUUGCUUAUGGACAAACAGGAUGUGGAAAAUCUUUUACAAUGCAAGGAAUAAAUACACCAGGUUCAGCACAACGUGGUGUUAUACCUCGGUCAUUUGAGCAUAUAUUUGAUGCAUCAUCCAUAGCAACUGGUACUAAAUAUCUUAUUCGUGCAUCAUAUCUUGAAAUAUAUAAUGAAAGUAUUCGUGAUUUACUUGGAAAAGAUGUGAAAGCAACACUUGAUCUCAAAGAAUAUGUUGACAAAGGUGUUCAUGUACAAAAUUUAUCAUGGCAUGUAUGUUCAAGUGUAAUCGAUUGUGAACGUCUUAUGGAAAAAGGAAAUCGAAAUCGUGCAACAGGUGCUACACUUAUGAAUAAAGAUUCUUCUCGAUCACAUUCAAUAUUUACAAUUGUUACGGAAAUGUGUACACGUAGUCAACUUGAUGGAAAAGAUCAUAUUCGUGCUGGUAAACUUAAUUUAGUUGAUUUAGCUGGUAGUGAACGACAAUCAAAAACACAUGCUGAAGGUGAACGUUUACGUGAAGCAACUCGUAUUAAUUUAUCACUUAGUGCUUUGGGUAAUGUAAUAUCAGCAUUAGUUGAUGGACGUUCAAAACAUAUACCUUAUCGAGAUUCAAAAUUAACAAGACUUUUACAAGAUUCACUUGGUGGAAAUACAAAAACAUUAAUGGUUGCUGCUAUAAGUCCAGCUCAUGAUAAUUAUGAUGAAACACUUUCAACAUUACGAUAUGCUAAUCGAGCAAAAAAUAUUAAAAAUAAACCUCGUAUUAAUGAAGAUCCACGUGAUGCUCAAAUGAAAUUAUUACAAGAAGAAAUAAAUCGUCUUAAACAAGAACUUCUUAAUGCAGGAAAUAUACCUCGUGAUAAUCAAAUAUUACCACCAGAGAAUAAUGAACCUCCAAUUAAUCAUGAAGAAGACAUAGAAAAAGAAAGAGAAAGAUUACGUGCUGAAUUUGAACGUGAAGUAUCUGAAAUACGUCGACAAUAUGAAGCAGAACGUUUAACUAAAGAAGAUAUUCAACGAAAAUAUGAAGAUUUAAAAUUACAAUAUGAUAGUGAACUUGAUGCUUUAAAUGCUAGUCGACCUAAAGAUGAAAAUGUACAACCAUCACCACCAGUUCCAAAUGAACGUAGUAAAACAACAACAAAGAAGAAAGGUGGAAUUGUUAAACAAAAACGUGGUGGAGAAGAAAUAACAAAUGGUCAAGAUAUUGUUGAUGGAGAUAUUACAUCAGGACCUGUCGAUGAUAUGGAUCAACAACAAAAACUUGAACGUUUAAAUGAAUUAGAACAUAAACUUGUUGGUGGAGAAGAAGCAAAUAAUGAAGAAAGAAAAAAGAAACGUAAAAAGAAAUUAAAUGAAAUGCGUGAAAAAUUAGAACAACGUAAACGUCUUAGUAAAGCAAUCAAUGCUGAUGAUGAUGAUACAUUAUUGAGAGUUUUUGAUAAUGCACAAGAGCAGCUUCAUUUUACUACGAAAAAAUUAGAAUAUGAAAUUACUGAAAAUAAACGUUUAAAAAAUGAUAAUGAAGAUUUACAACAUGAAUUUCAACGUGAACGUGAAGGAUAUUUAAAUACAAUUCGUGAACAAGAAAAACGUCUUCUUCUCUAUCGUACAAUGAUUGAUAAAAUGAGUAAUAUUAUGCAACGUAGUUGUAACUAUAGAAAUGUUGAUAGAAUUAUUGAACAAGCACGUUAUGAUGAAGAUAAAAAUCAAUAUAUUUUACCUGAACCAACUAUAGAAGAAAUUCAAUUACCUCAAAUGGGAAAUUUACCAACAACAACAACAACAACAACAACAAAUGGACGUAUACCACAAAGUGAUUAUAUAAUACCAACAAAAUCCAUAUCUACACCACCAACAACUGAAUAUGAAGAUGAUUUUAUUGAAGCAGCACCAGUUAACAAUGGUUAUAAUAAUCAAUAUUCAACAAUGAAUACAGAAGAUCUUGAACGACGUUAUGGACGUUAUGAUACAACAAAUUUACCACCAGAAAAAACACGUAUUAAACGUCAAGAACAAUUAUUAAAUGAAAGUUCAAUUUUACAACGAACAAAACGUCCAUUACAAAUGAAUAAUGAUAAUGAUUAUAUGAAUCGUCGUCUUAAUCCAUAUGAAGCACCAGCUCGACUAAGUCGUAAAUAUGGUUUUUCAUCGGAUAAACAAUAA